AUGGAUAUAAGAAGAUUUUUUAAGAGAGUGAGUGAGGAGCGGGAGGAGACACACAAAGCUGAUGCUGAGGAGGUCUCGACUGAGGUCAAUAGAUCCACAGAGAACACUGUGUUUUGGCUGCGCCAUAAUACAACACAGCAUAGACACAAAAGACAUCUGAAGCAAAUUGUUGCAGUCACCUCAAUGUUAGGGGCCCAGGGACUACCCUUUCGUGGGCAUGAUGAAAGUGCAGAGAGCACAAACAGAUGCAACUUUCUGGCUUGCAUGGAGCUUUUGAUGACAUUUGAUCCAUUCCUUCAAAAUCACAAUCCUCCAUCAAAUGCCACGUACACCUCACCAGUGUCUCAGAAUGAGAUGAUUGAGUGUUGUGCUCAGGAAGUGACCAGUGCCAUUGUGUCUGAGAUCACACGCUCCAAAAAGUAUUCCAUUAUGGCGGAUGAGGCAAGAGAUGGUCGGUCAGAGCAGCUGGCUGUUUGUGUUAGGUAUGUGUCAGAGGGGGAGGUAAAGGAACGGUUUCUAGCACUUUCUGAACUGAUGUCCUUUGAUGCCCAGUCCAUUGCAGACAAGCUACAGGAGCAGCUCCAGAUCAGUGGCUUUGCUCAUGUUAAGUGUGUGGCACAGACUUAUGAUGGUGCCGCGGUCAUAAGUGGACCCAUAGGAGGCGUGCAGGCAGGUUUUAGAAGGCUUCAUCCUAUAUACACUGCUAUGCACAUGAGCUCAACCUAG